AUGUCCAGAGCUUAUCAAUAUCAUCGGCCGAGAGCGCCUGACUUGCAUGUUGGCGGUCCAGAAUUCGGAUCUGAGCUGGAUCUGGACGACUUAGAUCCAGGGUAUAAAGACUCAAGUGGGCAUCCUGCAAUCAGAGAGCAGUCUAGUUCAAGUCGUCAGAUUCCCCUUCGAGAGCUCAACGUCGGCCGUCCCGGGUCGUUUCGAACUGCAAGACAAGAAGACCAGGGCGAGGGGCCGUGGCAGCAGCCCUUGAGAGAUGCUAGUCAAGACGAUAUUGAUGACAGAGGCUUCGGAGAAAGUUCGAGUGCUACCCAGGAUGCUGUACCUCUGCUUGGAGAAAGUGAUAGACUCGGCAACAGAAGCCAGGACAUGCUCGUACGGUCGAAAGGGACAUCAGCGCGCACGGAAACCUCACGCAACAUCACCAUAGGUCAAAUUCCACCACCAAGAUUUCCUCCAAAUGCAAUCUCAAAUGCAAAGUAUACACCCUGGAGCUUCCUUCCCCGCACCCUGUACAAUGAGUUCUCUUUCUUCUUCAACAUGUACUUCCUAUUAGUAGCGUUCUCACAAAUCAUUCCCUCUUUGAGAAUCGGAUAUCUCUCAACAUACAUAGCGCCCCUAGUAUUUGUUCUGGCAGUGACGUUGGGAAAGGAGGCAUCGGAUGACAUAGCACGGCGUAGGCGGGACGCCGAGGCUAACAAGGAAGAAUAUACAAUACUUCAACUACGACCCGAGGCAUGUACAGAUGCAGAUAAAGGAAGACAAAACAGCAAGCUGCGUAUGCGAAGUCGAGCUUUAGGAGCAAGGCAAGUAUCCCAGUACACGCGCUUAGACUCGAUCGAAGAGGAGGAAGAAGAUUUGGAGGGGGAUACGGAGACCGAGCGCUCUAAUAUCACUAUUGAAAAAAAAUUAGUUCGGUCUCGAGAUCUCAAAGUCGGUGAUGUCGUGGAGCUCGGAAAGGACCAGAGAGUGCCAGCGGAUCUCGUCAUUCUAAAGAGCUAUACAAGUGACACAACGAUUGCUAAUCCUGUUGCAGCCGCUAUGAAGAAGGUUGAGUCGAGUGUUCCUAGCCUCUUGGUUGAGGAUGUUGACAAUGAAGUUGGUUCUCUUGGCGCUUCUAUGGACGCAGUGGCCCGGCAGGCACAGCUCGACAGCGAUUCACACAAGCCUGGCCAAGCAGGUGAUGUUGGGGAAGCAUUCAUUCGGACCGACCAGCUCGACGGAGAGACCGAUUGGAAACUUCGUCUAGCACCUCCAAUCACUCAGCAACUAGACCCUAAAGAAUUCAUGAGGCUCCGAAUCAUUGCAGGUAAGCCAGAUCGCAAUGUCCAUGACUUCGUGGGCACCCUCGAGUACACGCCGCGCGCGAAGUUAAGGAUGGUUGGAGACGUCCAACUGCAACAAGAGGUGUUGUCAACCCCACUGACGAUUGACAAUACCGCCUGGGCGAAUACAGUUCUGGCUUCCAACGCAACAGUCCUGGCUGUAAUUGUAUACACUGGUGCUCAAACUCGACAAGCACUUUCUACGUCUGCUUCACGCUCUAAAUCAGGGCUCCUUGAGCAUGAAAUCAACAACUUGACGAAAAUAUUGUGUGCAUUAACGCUAACACUUUCGAUCGCUCUGGUGGCCGUACGAGGUGCAGAAGGUCGGCCUGGUGAGCAGUGGUACGUCGCUGUCCUGAAGUUCUUGGUCCUUUUUUCAACCAUCGUGCCUAUCAGUUUGCGCGUCAACUUAGAUAUGGGAAAGACAGUUUACGCUCGAUUCAUCGAGAGAGACCAAGGCAUUCCUGACACAGUGGUGAGGACAAGUACUAUUCCCGAGGAGCUUGGGCGGAUUGAGUAUCUCCUUAGUGACAAAACCGGGACACUCACCCAAAACGAAAUGGAUUUGAGAAAGAUCCACGUUGGGACAGUAUCCUACGCAAACGAAGCCAUGGAUGAAGUUCGCUCCUAUAUACGCCAGAUGUACUCUACCAGUACCACAUCUGACGCGCUUCAAAGCUCGGCACUGGUGACCCCUUCAUCGGCUCCCGAAUCUACAUUAGCUGGAGCUUCAAAUACUAGGAGCCGGCGGGAAAUUAGCUCACGAGUUCGUGAUCUCGUUCUCGCUCUUGCGCUCUGCCACAACGUCACUCCCACAUCGGAAGAGAUUGAAGGCAAAACAAUUACCACUUACCAGGCCUCGUCUCCAGAUGAGAUCGCGAUUGUGCAGUGGGCUGAGAGCGUGGGACUUCGCUUGGUCCAUCGAGACAGGCACUAUAUCAGUCUGCAGUCAGUUGAUACUGCCAAAGUUGUGGUGCGCGUAAAGAUAAUGGAGGUUUUCCCAUUCACCUCUGCUGGUAAACGAAUGGGCAUCAUUCUGCAGUUUCUCAAAGGAGACUUGUCUACUGUAUCCAUGGCGGACGGCCUCGAAGAGAUAUGGUUUUACCAAAAGGGUGCUGACACUGUCAUGGGUGCUAUUGUUGCAGCAAACGACUGGUUGGAUGAAGAAACGGCGAAUAUGGCGAGAGAAGGUCUUAGAACUUUGGUAGUAGGAAGGAAAAAGUUGUCCAUGCAACAGUAUCGUGAUUUUGCCACAAAAUACAGGCAAGCAUCAUUGUCUUUAUAUGAUCGAGAUGCGGGCAUGUCUACGGCUGUGAGGGAGUUUCUUGAACAUGAUCUGGAACUUCUCGGUGUUACAGGGGUCGAAGACAAAUUGCAAAGAGACGUCAGGCCAUCACUUGAGCUCCUCCGAAAUGCCGGAGUCAAGAUAUGGAUGUUAACAGGCGACAAAGUCGAGACUGCUAAAUGCGUUGCGGUCUCUGCUAAGCUUGUCUCUCGAACACAGUACAUUCACACAGUGACCCAGAUCUCCUCCGCAUCAGGCGGCUCAGCGGCGCAAGACGCUCUUUCGAUCAUCCGUUCCAAACCAGACUCAACAGCAUUGUUGAUUGACGGCGACUCCCUAUCCUAUUUCCUCAUCAAUCAUCGAAACGACUUCAUAUCUCUCGCGGUACAAUUACCAGCCGUGAUAGCUUGCCGGUGUUCUCCAACCCAGAAAGCAGAUGUCGCCUAUUUGAUCCGACAAUUCACCAAGAAACGUGUCGCCUGUAUCGGGGAUGGAGGCAACGAUGUCUCCAUGAUACAAGCAGCCGAUAUUGGUGUGGGUAUCGUCGGCAAAGAAGGACGGCAAGCUUCGUUAGCAGCCGAUUUCUCCAUCACGUCUUUCCAUCACUUGACUAAGCUCUUAGUCUGGCAUGGCCGAAAUUCGUACAAACGCUCGGCGAAGCUCGCCCAAUUCGUCAUCCAUCGGGGACUGAUCAUCUCUGUCUGCCAAACAUUCUAUAGCGUAGCUACUGAGCUGCAGCCUCACGCCCUUUAUCGGGACUGGCUACUUGUAGGCUAUGCAACUGUCUAUACGAUGGCACCUGUAUUCAGUCUGGUCCUCGACAAGGAUGUUGACGAAGGUCUUGCAAAUCUCUACCCCGAACUUUAUAAAGAACUCACGCUGGGCAAGUCUUUAAGCUACAAAACGUUUUUCAUUUGGGUAGCCGUCUCUGUGUAUCAAGGCGGAAUCAUCCAGGGCUGUAGCCAACUCCUGGUAGACCGAGACUCGGACCGCAUGGUCAGUGUCAGUUUUACGGUCCUUGUGGUCAACGAGCUUGUAAUGGUAGCAUUUGAAGUCGUGACAUGGCACUGGAUCAUGUAUGUGAGCAUCCUCGGCACGGCAAUGAUUUACGUCGGAAGCAUACCAUUCUUGGGCGAUUAUUUUGACUUGGAAUUUGUGUGGGGCUGGCAAUUUGCGUGGAGAGUUGCUGCUAUUAGCGCCUUGAGCCUGAUACCUCCCUACAGCAUCAAGCUGUUGAGGCGGACAUUACAUCCACCAAAUUAUCGGAAGGUGCAAGGCAUGUGA